UCCAUUGUUAUAUGGUUCUCUAGCUUCGCGUAGCUAAAGCAAAUCGUAAAGCAAGCAUUCUGAAAAGAGGAAUCCUGCCAAAGCUACAACUGAUUUGCAAUGGGAGAUGUUUCAGGCAAAAGACCCACCAUUACUCACGUCAUCUUCGACAUGGAUGGUCUCUUACUCGACACAGAGAAGUUCUACACUGAAGUCCAGGAAACCAUUCUUGCUAGAUUCAAUAAAACUUUUGAUUGGUCUCUUAAGGCAAAAAUGAUGGGAAUGAAAGCAAUAGAAGCAGCUCGAGUCUUUGUUGAGGAGACUGGGAUCAGUGAUUCUCUUUCAGCUGAGGAUUUCCUUGUAGAAAGGGAGUCGAUGCUGCAGAGUUUGUUUCCAACUAGUGAGCUCAUGCCAGGGGCUAGCCGUUUGAUUGAACAUUUGCAUGCAAAAGGAGUACCGAUUUGCUUGGCAACAGGAAGCCACAGGCGGCAUUUUGAGCUAAAAACACAAAGACAUGGUGAGCUUUUCAAACUCAUGCACCAUAUUGUUCUUGGUGAUGAUCCAGAAGUUAAAAAAGGGAAGCCAGCACCAGAUGUAUUCUUAGCUGCAGCUAGAAGGUUUGAGGGUGGGCCAAUAGAUUCUGAGAAAAUUCUUGUGUUUGAAGAUGCACCUGCGGGAGCUCGUGCAGCUAAAAAUGCUGGGAUGUCUGUGGUAAUGGUUCCAGAUCCGAGGCUCGACAGCUCCCACCACGCCAUAGCAGAUCAAGUCUUGAGUUCCUUAAUGGAUUUCAACCCAAGUGAGUGGGGUUUGCCUGCAUUUGAAAAUGCAUAAACCAAACUCUGGCUGCCUUAUAAACAUUGUACCUUCCAUUGUUGCAAACUGAGGGUAGAGCAACUGCAUCAAUCGAUUCUUAAUAAUUAUAUUUACACAUCUUGAUCAUUCGGUGGCUUGAUAUACUUUUGGAGCUUACUACAAGUUAUACACGUUAAAUUUCUAGACUA